GUGGUCUAUAGUGCGUACAUUUAUUCUUCUCAUCCUACUUCCUCUUAGCUGCUAUGAAUCAAGCAUCGAUUGCAGAGGGCGUUGUUAUGCAAGAUGCUUCUACUACUGAGCUGUAUCAAAUAAUGACGGGGGCGACGUCUUCCGACCUUCAGCAGGUUCAAGCAUGCUCAAAACGGUUUAAAGAGAUGCUACAGCUCCAUGGCAUCUUCGAUGCAUUGCACCAGAUUGCAGCGGAACGAUCGAUCUCACCUUACGUACGGAAACAGGCUAGCAUCCAGUUCAAGAAUGAAGCGUUGAAGUCAUGGAAAUCGAGGAAAAUUCAAAAUGACGCUCAUAGAGCAAACAUUCGGUCAAGAUUCCUUGUGUUUAUUGACGAGGAAGAUGAUACUAUCGCAGGAUGCAUGCAAAUUUCGAUGGCAAAGAUUGCGCGGAUGGAUUAUCCUCAACAAUGGCCUUCUCUACUCACAGAUCUCAUGAGCAUCAUUGAUCAAUGUUUGGUCCAACGAUAUACAGCGAAUGACAAAGGAGAAAAUAUCGCACUCAAGCUCAGAAGGAGUCUUCAGAUGUUAUGCGGCGUUCUUAAGGAGUUAUCUGCCAUUAAAAUGCCGAAUGGUUUAAAGCAGAUGGCCCAGAUUGUUGAAUCUCUCCAUAGUGUCCUUCAGACCUAUUACAAUCGAAUCAUCGCGACACUGCCUUUACACGCUGCCGCACCCUCAGAGCUAAUAUCUACUGAUCUGGCACUCGCCGAUCUUGUCUACAAAUCUCUAAGUAUCCUUGCCACCUGGCUGUGGCAAAGAACUGAUAAAAUGAGUCAAGAAGAAGCCCAAAAACGUAACGCAUGGAUCUACUUGGUCUUUGAAGUAUCAGCUCUCCAGCUGAAGUCAUUGGUCGGGUGGCGUACCACUGUAAUUGCGGCAAGCGAAACAAAUACAAAAUUUGUCGAACUUAUGAGUAAACACAUUCGUCGCAUUGGGAAAUUUUUCCGCCGCCUCUGUGUCCUACACCAAAAGCGGUUCGUAGACAUACCUGGUUCUGCCGACCUUGUCGCGUUCUACUGGGCUCAAAUCACACAAGCAGGAUCUUCGCCGCCGGGUUCCAUUGAAGACUCCAACACAGCUGUAUAUCCUGUUCGGUUCCUUGUACAAGGCAUGGUCCUUUUCAAAGAAACACUGGGACAAUACGCUUCAGUACGACGUGAUGGCACUCCGAAUAGAAACACGCUGUCUCGCCAGUUUGUGGAGGACGCGGUCAAGUUGAUCGUCACUCGUUUUCUCCCAUUGAAUGCGAAGGAUCUCGAUACUUGGGUCACGGAUCCUGAAGAGUGGGUCACUGCUGAAGAGACGGAAAAUGAACAAUGGGAGUUUGAGCUUCGAGCUUGUUCGGAGCGUGUACUCAUGCAAGUUUCAAAUCAAUUCCCGGAAUUCGUCGCACCGCUGCUACAAGUCACAUUCCAACAAGUCGCAGAGCAAACGGCACUGGAUCUCAAUAGCACACUACAAAAAGAAGCAUUAUACUGUGCGCUAGGACGGUGUUGCAGACGAGUUAAAGAUAUCAUUGACUUACCACCAUGGAUUGAGAGGGUCCUUCAUGUUGAGGUUCGCGAUACUAGAGCAAGUUCCCCAAUUCUUAAGAGAAGGAUUGCUUGGUUGUUAGGGAAGUUAAUGUACGACUCGUGUGUUGACCCAAACAAUCCAAAAAUAUGGGAAAUACUGGUCUAUCUUCUUGGAAAUCGAGGCGAGGGAACAGAUACAGUUGUUCGACUUACUGCUGCGGUGGCCAUCAGAGAAGGGGUCGAUACUUUGGAAUUAGACAUGAACUCGUUCAGACCAUUUCUUUCUUCUGCAGUGACGGAGUUGAUGAACCUAAUAGCCGAAGUGGACACCUUUGAGAGCAAAGGGCGAGUGGAUAAUGCUCUUAACGUUGUCAUUGAAAGAGCAGGCACUGAUAUGGCUCCUAUCGUCCCUGUUAUUGCGGUACCUCUUCCGACCAUGUGGCUCGAGGCUGGAACAAACUGGCUUUUUAAAAACUCGCUUCUAGUUACAGUAACGAACCUUGUUAAAGCUAUCGGCGGUCAAUCCACAUCGCUUUCAAGUAUUGUGGUUCCGCUAGUCCAGGAAAGUAUGAAACAAGGGAUGAAUCUCGACGGCGAUGGUGUAAUCCUAUGGAAGGAAGCUAUGCGAAACACUUUGUCAGCGGCUGAGGGACGUCCCUCACUCUUCGAUUUGUUCCCUACCUGCUUGAGCCACCUAAAAAGCAACUUGGAUCUUUUGGGAUCCCUAAUUAAUAUCGUAGAGUCGUAUUUAUUAAUGGAAGGCACCCGUAUCUUGGAGAUAUGUCCUAUGGAUUUAUUCAAGGCAUUUUUAUCGAUUUAUACCCGAAGCGCCAUGCAGGAGAAUCAGAAAGGGGCUUUGAUUGCUCUACAGUUAUUGAUUCAGACGACACGAUACUCCCUCUGGGCAGAACCCUUACAUCUAUCAGGUUUAUUCCCAUAUCUUCUUCGUAUCCUUAUUGAGAAUGAAACCGACACAUUAAUUCAAUUGGAGGUAGUGUAUCUCUUCGCCCGCAUGGCUAUGGCCGACCCCCGAAGCUUUCUGCACCUGGUGACAGCGGCCGCCCCUGUACUCAAGCUCUCCGAGGAAAAGACUUACGAACUGUUCUUGGAUCAAUGGUGGGCCAAGUUUGAUGCCAUGUCUGAGCCUCGCCAUCGAAAACUUGUCGCCAUGGGCAUCACUGCCCUUGUGUCCACUGGUGGACCUGUUGUCCUCCGGAGAGUUCCGACCGAAAUUUUUAACUUGUGGCUUGAUGUUUUCGGGGAGAUCAAGGAAGCAAGGUGUAAUCCCUCAGAAUUUGGCGAGGACGAGACGCCCUCGAACACUCUUCAACGUCACUGGGAGCUUGACGACGCACCUGACGAUUUUUACCAGGGAACCAAAGGAACACCCGAAUAUAAUCGAAGAAAACAGGUCUACGACGAGGACCCAGUACGUACGACUCAGCUAAGUUCGUAUGUCGCAGCCGGUUUGAGGGAAGCGGAGGCGAUAUGUGGUCCUGCCCAGUUUCAACAACUCUACCUCUCGCAAGCGGAUCCUACUGUCCUCAAACAGAUACAGGACGAGAUCGCGAGGUCGUAAAGAAGCAACAUGUGCUUAUUUUGCUUUUGCGCUUACACGGUAGUUCCGGCAUGAUUCUUGCUGUUAUGUAGUACAGAAUUCUAAUUAUCUUCUGAUAGUCCGGAUUCACUGUAGGUCCCUAUAGAUCCGGACAUAUCUGUGAUAUCUAAAUCGCUACUAAAUUCAUAGUCACUUCCACUCCACUCGCUCCCUACUGUUUCCAUAACGAACCUGUUCGCCUCCGUC